AUGUGUUCAUCCGAAAGAGAGAUCCUGGCUUCGAGAACACACCGACUGCAGCUUCUGGUUAUCUUUCUUCGCUUGUCUGAGUUUGGACAGGCUGGGUUUGUCAAGUCGCCCAUGUCAGAAACUAAGCUCACUGGGGACGCCUUUGAGCUGUACUGUGAUGUGGUCGGGAGCCCCACGCCAGAGAUCCAGUGGUGGUACGCAGAAGUCAACCGAGCAGAGUCUUUCAGACAGCUGUGGGACGGUGCACGGAAGCGCCGUGUCACCGUAAACACCGCCUACGGGUCAAACGGCGUGAGUGUGCUGAGAAUAACCCGGCUCACCUUGGAGGACUCUGGGACUUACGAGUGCAGGGCCAGCAACGACCCCAAGAGGAAUGACUUGAGGCAAAACCCCUCCAUAACAUGGAUUCGAGCCCAGGCCACCAUAAACAUCCUUCAGAAGCCAAGGAUUGUCACCAGUGAAGAAGUCAUUAUUCGAGACGGCCCUGCUCUCCCUGUCACCCUGCAGUGUAACCUCACCUCCAGCUCUCAUAUCCUUACAUACAGCUACUGGACAAAGAAUGGGAUAGAACUGACUGCCACUCGUAAGAAUGCCAGCAACAUGGAAUACAGGAUCAAUAAGCCGAGAGCUGAAGAUUCAGGCGAAUACCACUGCGUAUAUCACUUUCACAGUGCUCCUAAAGCAAAUGCUACCAUUGAAGUGAAAGCUGCUCCUGAUAUCACUGGCCAUAAACGGAGCGAGAACAGGAAUGAAGGGCAGGAUGCCAUGAUGUACUGCAAGUCCGUUGGCUACCCCCACCCGGAGUGGGUCUGGCGCAGGAAGGAGAACGAUCUGUUCGUGGAUAUUGCUAAUAACUCUGGCCGCUUCUUCAUCAUCAACAAGGAAAAUUACACUGAGUUGAGCAUCAUGAACCUCCAGAUCACAGAGGACCCUGGCGAGUAUGAAUGUAAUGCCACCAACUCCGUUGGCUCUGCCUCCGUCCUCACCAUCCUCAGGGUACGGAGCCACCUGGCCCCACUCUGGCCUUUCUUGGGAAUCCUGGCUGAAAUCAUCAUCCUUGUGGUGAUCAUUGUUGUGUACGAGAAGAGAAAGAGGCCCGAUGAAGUUCCUGACGACGAUGAACCAGCUGGGCCAAUGAAAACCAACUCUACCAACAAUCACAAAGAUAAAAACUUGCGCCAGAGAAACACAAAUUAAGUACUACUUAUAAUAUCUUUAGGUUCUUGAAACUGAUGGCAACAUGACCUGCUAAAUUUUCUGCUUGGACCUUUUUGGUUCUCUCCCGUUUAAGUGAGCAACACCACCACAACUGUCUAAAGCAUGCCUUAUUUAGUCUCUCCUGCCAGGGUGACCUUGCAGGUACAUUUCAAACAAUGCUUCAGCGUAGAAGGUGUAAACUAUUUGGGCUUGAUGUGCUGUGAAUGUUGCUUCCUUUUCCUUUAUUAAAGUAUUUAAAUAGAAGUGAAGAGGUCCUCUGAGGAUCGGAUCAUGCAUGCGCCAUUUUUUACUUACUGCGACUGUUAAUUUGGCAAAAUGCACUGCUGCCAUCUAGUGAUACAUUUUUGUAAAGUACAGCAAAACCUAAAAAUAAAUACAGUAUAUAAAUAUAUAUAUUUAUAUUUUGGGGGGUGGGAGAAAUACAAAAUAAAAUGCUUGUUUCAGUUUUAAGCAGCUGAUAUUCAUUCCUUAUUGUAUGUUGUCAGUUGAGGAAAUUGUGCAGUUCUGGUACAAAAGAUGAGUAAUAUAAACUGAAAUCUAUAAUUUUAAGGGCUUAACCUAUGAUUCUAAUAAGAAGCUGGAAUAGUCCACUGAAUGGCUAUAAUGAAUUUCAGUAUAUAUGUAUGAUUGCUUUUUAAGUGAUUAUUUUUUCGUUUGCUGAAUCAUGUAAAUUCUUAUAUCCUUUUGCACUGAUCUGUUGAACCUUAUUGUACAUUUAAUUAAGGCAUACUUAUAAUUUACCUUUAGUUUUCAGUGAUCUUGAAAUGUUCUAGCAUGGUAUUAUUCUAUGAACUAGUUAUACUUUGGGGUUAACACUGUUUUUUUCACAUUGAUUUAAUGGCUGAGUGUAGAUUUUCUCACCCAGUGGGGUUCUCUCACUCAGUAUGUAACCGGAGAUGCAUGGACUCAUGUUUUGUGUAAUUGUUGAUGUGCAAUGAUGUAUAGAAAAGUGGAUUCACCGGUUUUUAAAAAUAAAACAUUGAUAAAAGA